GAAAAACCCUCCACCUCAGCCGCUGAGAACUCGGACCCGGCACCGGCCCUCCUCCCCAGGAUUCAGCAGACACUGCGGAUGCGAGUAACGAGUCCAUGAAGACGCCUGUGAGAACCAGGCCAAACUAAUGUGAAGCAGCAUUUUUGCACCUUCCUGACAGCCAUCGCAGAUUUCCCCCCCCCCGUUUUGGCAUAGCACUACAGUCAGGGGUGUGAACGAGGACCUUUCUAUCUGCUUUGUGGUUCAAAAUAAAGAUGUCACGGAAGCAUAGUAAUAAGGAGUCCUCUGCUUCACUGACAUAUCAUUUCUCACUUUGGCAAAGCAAUAGGUUGCUGUAGUACAUCAAAUUAACAGUGUUUAUAGCCAAUGUAGCUUGAGCCAUACAAAAGAUCCUAUAGGCUUCGUCUUUGAUGUCCAGUCUAAUACUGUGAUGGCACAAGGAGGCUCAUAUGAAAACAUGAAAGAAAAGAUCAACGCAGUACGUGCUGUUGUCCCCAACAAGAGUAACAAUGAGAUCAUCCUGGUGCUUCAGCACUUUGACAACUGUGUGGACAGGACAGUGCAAGCCUUCAUGGAAGGUAAUGCAGUGGAAGUGCUGAAAGAGUGGACUGUGCUGGGCAAGAAAAAGAACAAAAAGAAGAAGACUAAGCCCAAAGCAGAAGUUGCAGCUCCGACCAAUACAGUAGAAUCUGGGAAAAUGGCUCCUGAGGGGGAACAGAGUGCAGCUUCCUCUGAGAAAGUUGGGAUCAACGGUUAUCACAUAAACGGUUCUGCUCAUGACACAGAGUCAGUGGAUUCCCUCAGUGAGGGCUUGGAUACACUUUCUUUAGAUGCUAGGGAGCUGGAAGACUCGGAGCCAUCUACACCUGAUGUAUCUGAUGCCCCAGCCUUGAUCCUUCAUAAUGGCCGUCCAGAUCUAGAGCUGAAGCCGACAGCAUCUCACUUGCCUCAUCAUUCCCACCAGAAGUCUGUUCCAUCUGACCAUAGGCAUUCUAACAAAGUCCGAUCAGGGAGUGUGUCAAGCUCUCAGUCGCUGUCUUCAUCUGUUGCAGAGGAUACCCACUCCACCUCAGGAUCUAAAAAGCUUGGUGCCAACAUUGAGAAGUCUGUGAAAGACUUGCAGCGCUGCUCAGUGUCUCUGGCACGGUAUCGCAUGGUGGUCAAGGAAGAAAUGGACACCUCUAUCAAGAAGAUGAAGCAGACAUUCUCAGAGCUGCAGAGCUGCCUCAUGGACAGAGAAGUGACUCUUCUAGGAGAAAUGGACAAGGUGAAAGCUGAAGCAAUGGAGAUCCUGGGCAGCCGACAGAAGAAGGCAGAGGAGCUGAAAAAGCUCACAGAUGUGGCUGUACGCUUGUCUGAGGAGCAGUUGGCAGAGCUACGCGCAGAUAUAAAGCAUUUUGUCAGUGAGCGUAAGUACGAUGAGGAACUGGGCCGCGCUGCCCGCUUCACAGCAGACCUGGAGACCCUAAAGAAGAGCAUAGACUCUUUUGGACAAGUUUCCCACCCAAAGAACAAUUACUCUACUCGUUCUCGAUGCUGUUCUUUGACUAGUCCCAGUGACCUCUCCACUCCGUCCACCCCAGAACCAUCCUCUACCCCCAGCCUUAUUUCAGCCAAUCGAAAGCCUACAGCCACGGGAGACUUGUCUGCAGGAGCUAGUCAUUACAAUGCCAGGCAGAACCAACCGCCUAGACAGGGACUGCCAAUGAAUAAAAGACCAGGGCAGGGCUAUCGACCACAGGCCCCACGUCAAAACUACCACACUAACAACAUGAGAUAUGAUAACACCAAUCGCAACCGGAACAGCUCUUGGUAUCAUUCCAACUCCCGAAACCAGAGCUUCUAUCCCCAGGCACCUCGUCAGCCCAGUGACCGUACGUCUACCUAUCCUUCUGGAACCAAUGGACCUGCUGCCAUCUCAGAGUCCGUCCAAACAAGCGUUUUAGAUCCUGAUAAUAAGGCCCUACCACAGCGUAAACCAAGGGCGACCCCUGCAUCAGCUUCCUGAGACGGAAGGAACCCUACACCUUUAGUCCGCACUUUCAAUGUUCAACUCUCUAACUGGACUUUAGAAAACUGUUAGAUUUAUUAACAAAAAGAAACGUUUACAGACAGCUGUUUCUGUGCCACUUUUCUCCUUAUACCCUGUCUUUUCAAAGCCUCUCAUUUCUUGUUUCUUUUUUUUUCUGCAUUGGACACUUUUUGCCCACAUUAGAGGUCCAGCCUUGCUUCUAUUAUAACAAUGGACUCUUCUAUGAGUUGCUACAUUGUCUGCUUUUUCAUGCUACUCACUUUCUCAAAUAGCCACCACCUGUCUUUGCUUAGAUGGAGAACAAGACACAACAUACUGGGGAGAUGCCAGUUUUUGCCACUGGCCUAUGAUACCUUCAGAAUAUUCAGGCUCAUGGGCUCCCAGCAAUUGCAGUUUCUUGCAUUGUUUAGUCUGCCACUAUUUUCUAUACUGGGAAUCUAUGCAAUGUCAGGAGAGACCAAAAACUCUGUAACCUCAUCUAGGAGUCAUUGUUUGACAUUGCUAGGUUUCUAUGUUGGCUGUUAUAUACAAAACCUUUAUCUUCAGCUUUAUGUACCAGUACCUUUAUUUACAUCCUAGAUAUCACUUUCUUCUGUCAGUCUUCAAAGUGCCUUGUUUUUUUACUGGUAUUGGCAAAUUAUCUCAUUCCCCUCUAUUUCUUACAUUCUCCAAAUGCUACCCUUUUUGGGUCUGAGCUGGAAAGUACAAUCAUUGUUGGGGAUCAGUCAGCUGAACUUCAUUCCCAUAACUUCUCCCAUUUUUAGAAUGGAUUGAUGCUAGUUUUCAGAAGUACUUAGAAUUUGGCUGAAUAUACCUUUUCUUUUUCUUUCUCUGACAAUAUGUAGGUCCUGUGCAUCUGUUUUGUUAGAAAGAAAUGCCACUGUAGAUGGGAUCAAAUUGUAAUCUAUCUGCCCAAAGCAUCUACUCAGGAUCAGAAUUAUUGUAGAAUACAAGUGGAGCCAAAUUAGUCUAAUCUCUCCCUUCUGUGAUCCACUCGCCCAGCCAUUUGUGGACCAAAGAGUGAAAUUGCACUAUCCUAUGGGUGUUGGCGGUGUAAUGGGCCCCAGGCUGUCCCCAUUCUUUAUUGCUCCUCUUGUCCAAAGAAGCACCUUUCCCCGUCAAUAUUCAUGUGUCUCGUUUUUAUUUUAGUCAUGAAGGGAGUGGAGCGAGUAAUGUUUACCCAAUUUUCCUUUUAUUAUAUAACACGUUAGCCUGUGUUCUAAGGGCUGUGGUAUUGUGACAUUCUCUAGUACUACACGUAUUAAAUAAUGAUAAUAAACACGUUGCAUAUAUCCACUGUAGGCAUGUUAGGUAACCAGACAGUGUAAGACCUGUAACGGAAAAAAAACACUUAAAUGACCAUGAUGUGUAACACAGCGUUUAUAUGUUAUGGCUCUCUUAUGCCUUUUUAUUAUUGGCUUUCUACUCUCUCUAUCUCUGGCUGUUUGAUCUUGGUACAGUCACAAUGAACAUUCCAUGGAGUAGCUGUGAAGAAUAGUUUUCAUUCUUAAAAACAAUUCUGUAGUGCCGGUGUCAUGUACUCUGUACAGUAAUACCAUACAUUAUUAGUUAAAAGAAAAAAAAUGCUAUGCAGAAUUUUAUUCUUAUGGUUCAUGAUCUUUACAUGGUAUAUAAUUAUUAUAGAGAAGGAACAUGUUCAUGACGUUAAUAUAAAUGGUAGUGAGCUCUUGCACACAGGCAAACAAUGUAUAGUGAUGCAUGGAACCUUCACUUAUGGCAAAGUCUUGUCUUUGCAAACAGGACCUCAAUAAAGUGAUUGAAAAGUG